AUACUCCAUCUCAUUGCUUCGUAUGUAAACACAAACAUAACUUUAUUGGUUUUAAUCUCCUGAAUAAUUUGCGGAGUUCAGAGAGAAAGAAAGGAAGCUUUUAUCAAAGGCUUUAGCUUCAGGAAAAGACAGAUUCUAUUCUUUUAAGUCUCCUCUUUCUUCGCUUUUCCACUUCUUCUCCUUUCCGACAAAAAGAGAAGAAAACGGUAUUACAAAACUCUUUACCUUCUCCUGUCCUAAUAUUUGGCAUUAAAGAAAAGGGGAGAAGAAUCUCAAUACUAAUAUAAAUAGGGGACUUUCUUCAGCUGCAAGUCAUGGGAGAUCAUUUCGUGCUGUUUAUGGACCGGUUGAUAACAGAAGCCACGAUUGAGGAAGCGAUUCAGAGCAGGAACCGUAUGUUGCAAGCCAACGCACCUGUCGAGGAGGAAUGUAUUAGAGUCCUCGAUGAGAAAACACUUGAGAAGGUGCGUAACGGAGAUUUGUCGAUGGUGCUGUGUAGGAUUUGUCACGAUGAGGAUGUGGAUUCAAAGAUGGAGACUCCUUGUUCUUGCAGCGGCAGCUUGAAGUAUGCACAUAGGAGGUGCGUGCAGAGAUGGUGUAACGAGAAAGGAAACACCAACUGCGAGAUUUGCCAUCAGGGAUUCAAGCCGGAUUAUACAGCGCCAGCUCCAUUGUUAGAGUUGGGUCAUGUCCCUCUUCAUUUCAGGGGAAACUGGGCAAUAUCUCAACGUGAGCAUCCUCGUUUCAUCACAGUUGUACCUGCUGAUCCCACUUUCAUCCACGAUCAUCAUCAUCAGUAUCCUCUUUUUUCCACCACAAGCUUCAUCUGUUUCCGUUCUCUUGUUCUCAUCUUUAUGGCUCUCCUGAUUCUCCGACACACCCUUCCCUUAGUCCUUACCGGAUCAAACCUCCAUGUCUUCCCUUUGUUCAUGUUGUUGUUUUUGAGAAUACUCGGGAUCAUGCUACCCAUCUAUGUUGUCACCAAAGCAGUCGCUACCUGCCGUCGCCAUUCUCAGAACUUUGAAACCUCUGACUCUGAAGAUUCAUCUGAUGAAGAAGCAGAGUUGUGGCGCUUGCCUCACACGCAAUCUUACAUUAUAGGCGUGCCAUGAGCACUGUUUGUUUAUUUCCUUUCACAUAUACAUAACAAGACGAUGUCUUUGUAAAUAUACACUCUCACUAAUUAUACAUGUAAAAUUAACACAUUGAAGUUGAACAA